GAGUAAAAAUUCUCCUGCGGGUUCAAGGGCAAGGCGCUCAUGGCUGCGCAGAGGCGGCAGAGACCGGCGAGGGAAGAGGCCAGAGCGACAGAACUGCUCCAUACUCUCUGCUCACUUCACUGCAGGGAAACAAGCCACAUACCCACCCUUUACUUUCAUGCUCUCACGAUAUUAGAAAGUGGAAUAGCUGCAUCUAGUAGUGGAAUAGAAGACGAAUUCAAGAUUUCCGAAAGGAUUCAGAGAAAAUUGGUUCGGGAAAAGAGAGAGAAAGAUGCGGUGACGUUUCUGGAACUAAACCAGCGGCUAAGUGCUCAAGGGACACUGAGGAGAUGUGGUCACAUCUUGCUCUUCCUCCUGACUGUUUCAGAAGAUUCCACUCUCUCUAGUGGAUCCUCUUUGAGCUCAAUUCUGCUAUCACAGACUGGGAGACUAUACGACCACAUGGGUGUCAUUCCUAACCCUUCUUCCCUCCCUCCCUCCUCCUCCCUCCCACCCUCCUCAUCUGCCACAAGGACGGGGAGGAGAGACCCGUUUUCCUCUGAGUCUCACACGCUGGUUGGCUCCAGUGGGAUCGGAUCACUGGGGACCAGUCACAUGACUUCAGUUCCGAGUCACAUGACAUCGCAGAUGGGUCACAUGACAUCAAACUCAACUAUAACCCAGAGAGAUCCUGGCAUCAGUCAAUCAUCUCUGGCCACUCCAUUCCCACGUUUCCAUUCCACACCACAGACGACGGGUGUGGCCGACCUGUCCCGCCGUCAUGGAGCACAUGAUGCUUGGGCGAGGUCGUCUGCUGGUACUCCUAAUGAGAGGGUUUUACCCAAUGGCUACCGGAGCACCAAGUCCAAUGACCACACUUCCCAGACAGAGGUAGUUUCUGAAUCAGCUCUCCUGAGAGACGUCCUCUUUGUCUUCCAGGGCAUCGACGACACUCCAAUCAUACCCAUGUUAGGAUGUGCUGCACAACAAGAGAACACUUUUGUGAAGCACGAGUUUCUUGUGCUGAGUUUCUGCUGCUCUGCCCUCUCGGAGGAGCUCACGGAGUUCUAUAAACUGAUAGCUGUUCUGGAGGCUCAACAGCAGCCCCAGACUGCGGCGGUCCCCCCUGCAGGGAGUGGGCGGGGCCAACUGACUCUCCGUAUAAGACUCCUCGUCUGGACCCACGAUCCUCUGGAGAGACUAAAGUAUCUGGCUGUGUUGGUUGGAGCCUGCAAAGGGCAGAAAGGAGGUGCUCUACUAGUCGCCCUCGUCAUCUCGCUACAGUCACCAUGGAGCCCCGUACAGCUGCUCCCAUCCUCACUAGAUCCUGACAAGGUUCUAAUAGUGGGCACCGACACAGUAGAAUCACAUCUUCUGGCUAAACGCCUGCAAGGCUGGGGAGGUAACGUUCUCCUCCAUGACUGGAUCAUCUCUGCAGUCAGUCGUGGCUCAAACCUACACAGAGACCAGCAGACAUUUACUCCAAAUAAUGAACACCAAGCUAUUCGGAAGUAUCUGUUGCUGGGACAAGGGGAUCUCAUAAGACAUCUUAUGGACCUUCUGGCACCAGAGCUGUCGAAACCAGCUGUAUCUCUCUACCUCCAUAACCUCACCGGGACACUAGAGACGGCAAUUAGGGCCACCAAUGCCCAGUUUGAGGACCCGGACAUCUUGAAACGUCUCGACGUUCAGAAACUGGAACCAAGUCUGCAGGAUCAGGGCUGGGACGUGUUCUCUCUACAGUACCACGUGGACGGCCCCAUCAGCACUGUGUUCACAGCGGAGAACAUGCUGACGUAUCUGAAGGUGUUCAACUUUCUCUGGAGAGCUAAACGAGUCCAGUACUACCUUCUCACGUCUGGAACGAACAGACGGCCCCACUAUCGGUCACUUCAGUCCAUACCCGAGCUGCAUCCAGUAGUACACCAGUGCCACCUGCUGAUAUCAGCCAUGGUUCACUUCAUCUCCCAACUCCAGUACUACAUCAAUCUUUGA